CAGGCUGGUGAAUUAUGCCCACAUACCCUUAACUAAACAACUCAUGAGGUCAUGAUGUUUGAUAUUCUUAUUUCCCAUUGUAAUGUUUUCACUAAAAUAUGGACAAAUGCAUUUUAUUACAUGAAAUUAUUAGUACUCUGAGGACUGGGACAUAUGUUGACAGAUUUCUCUGAGGCCACGCCUAUUGUCUUGAUGCUAGUGUAGGGCGCACAGUGCCCAUGCAGGACCGCAUUGGCUGUUGUGUUUUUUCACAAGGGUCCCAAACUACACCGAGAGUUGGAAUAUUACGUUACAGUCCUGCAGGAAAAUGGCGACUGUCAUUCAUAAUCCUUUAAAAUCGCUUGGUGACCAGUUCUAUAAGGAGGCUAUCGAACACUGCCGCAGUUACAAUGCCCGUCUCUGUGCCGAACGCAGCGUGCGCAUGCCCUUCCUGGACUCGCAAACUGGGGUAGCACAGAACAACUGCUACAUCUGGAUGGAGAAGUGCCACCGUCAGCCAGGCCAGGCAGCAGGACAGAUGUACACCUACCCUGCUCGUUGCUGGCGAAAGAAGAGGCGACUCCACCCUCCCCUGGAUCCCCAGCUCCGCCUCUGUGAGCUUCGACUAGAAGCAGAACUAGCCCCUAAGCGCGAGGGGCCCCCAGGGGAGGCCACAGCUUUGGAGGCCCUCCUGAGGGGGGACAGUCUGCUGGAGAAAAAAAACAACAUCUGUAAGGAGGAAGACACGUUGCUGGAAAUACAGAGAGUUCUGGAGGCGGAAGAAAAUGGGGACGGUCUCCAUGAUGACGAAGACUUUGACAUGGAUACUCCAAAGAGAAAGAACAGAAACAGAGGCAAAAACAGAGGAUCCAGUCGCAGGAGGACAGAGCCCGUUAACGUCGACGACCAGGACAAACCUUACGUCUGUGACAAUAGAUACAAACAAAAGCAUAACUCAAAAAAGGCUGAAGAAGUCUGUGGAAAGCGCUACAAGAACCGGCCUGGCCUGAGCUACCACUACACCCACACUCACCUGGCAGAGGAGGAGGGCGAGGAGGAGAAGGAAAUAGAGAUGGCCCCAUCUCCUCCAUACAACGCAGACAACCACAAACCUCAAAAGGGCCCAGAUGGCAGCAUCAUCCCCAACGACUACUGUGACUUCUGCCUGGGAGACCAGGACUCCAAUAGGAAGACAGGCCAGGCCGAGGAGCUGGUGUCCUGCUCUGACUGUGGACGCUCCGGUCACCCCACAUGCCUGCAGUUCACAGAUAACAUGAUGCAGGCAGUGAGGACGUACCAGUGGCAGUGCAUAGAGUGCAAGUCUUGCAGCCUCUGUGGCACCUCGGAGAACGACGACCAGCUGCUGUUCUGUGAUGACUGUGAUAGAGGAUACCACAUGUACUGCCUGAAGCCUCCAAUGACCAAGCCUCCAGAAGGGAGCUGGAGCUGUCACGUGUGUCUGGACCUGUUAAAAGACAAGGCCUCAGCCUAUGGAGAAGCAUAACUUCCUUGGACAUUCUUCUCAACACACACAUACACACGCAAUAUACAAAUUUGUACUGUUUGACAUGCCCACACAUUAGCGAACACUUUCUCUCAGAAUAUAGAAUCAAACACACACAGGUGCACUCUUUCUCUCUCACACACACACACACACACACACUCUCUCUCUCCAGUGCAUUAGCAGGCUCAAAGUUUCCUGUGUGAGGCGCAAAGACCUUUGACCUCUCAUGUAGCCGAGCAACGCUCCAAACGGCAUGGACAUGCAAUCCCGACCACAAGUCAGCUAACAGCUGGUCUGCCGUUCAGUAAUUUCUCUACCUCACCACUCAGCAGACGGCCAGAAGCCAAAGCAAGAUUAAUAACGGCAAAUACUGUGUAGUAAUGUGUACGUGAAAUACUCAUUUUAAACAAACCGUAGAUGUUUCCCCCUGAAUUCUUGUGAGUGUGAUUUGGAAGACGUUCGUCUCAGACCUUCUGCUGAGGCUCUUUCACUUGCUUCCUUGCGGUUUUGACUGAUGUUUGUUUAAAUGUGUCCUCCCAGCUCCACUCCUCUUCUGUGUUUAGACUUUACAGUGACAUUCCUUUUUUGCAUCUGGACAGACUCAGUGAUAGUUAUGCCAUCUUUCACAUGUUUUUGUCAAACUUGGUGAAAUUUAUAUCUGCGCUAAGAGUCAACGGGGGCAACAAAACCGCCUCAACCAUCCUUACUGUUGGAGUGUGGUGACAUUUCUAAUUCACGUCUGUUUUUUGUAUCCUUGCAGUUACUAGGAUACCAUGGUGCUCAAUUCAACACUUUAUAAAAAAUUCUAACAUUUCUUUACAUAGAAUGUCAUCAUUUAUUUAUUAUUGUAAUGGUCCAAGGUUACUGUUAAGGAGAUCAUUGUUACUGUAGAUCAGUGGUUCCCAAACUUUCUCUGUUGUGGAAGCCAGAAAAAAAUACUGGC